CGCCUGUCUUUAAAUUUCUAGAGAUGUAUAGGUCUUCUUCUUCUUCUUCUUCUUCUUCCUCCCCGUCGUCCUCCUCCUGAGCCUUCUCCACCUGUAAAUUAUCAUCCAUCUUUGCCAUCUGCAAUCGAAAUGGCUCCAGGUGAUCGCCAGCGGCAUGUGAUCAUCUUCCCGUUCAUGGGUGCAGGCCACAUGAUCCCCUUCGUAGACCUGGCCAUGCUGCUCUCUCAACGUGGCCUGGCGGUCACCAUCGCCACCACGCCGCUCAACGUCGCCAGAAUAGAGUCCACCAUUGCCCACGUCAAGGCCUCCGGUCUAAAAAUACAGACGGCCCAACUGCGGUUCCCUUCCAAGGACUACGGGUUGCCUGAGAACUGCGAGAAUUUCGAAGUGCUAACCAACCACGAAAUGGCAGUGAAGUUCUUGGUCUCCCUCAAGAAUCUGAAGGCCCCAUUCGAGAGACUGCUGCAAGAGUCGUCUCCCGACUGUGUCGUGGUAGACGGUUUCUUCUACUGGGCCUUGAAGGUUGCCCGCGAGCGCAAAAUCCCAGGCAUCGUCUUCACCAUCACCUCCUGCUUCUCUCGCGUUCUGCUCGUCCACCUUCACAAUCUCAGGCCGCAGGAGAGGGUGACGAGCGACUCUGAACCCUUCUUGGUGCCUGGUCUUCCUGACAAGAUCGAGCUGACCAAGGCCCAGCUGCCGGAUUCCCUGGGCUUCAGGAACACGAGCCACCAAUCUGAGAUGAUGGAGAUGUUGGAAGGGAUGGCGGCAGCCGACGACGAGAGUGACGGAAUUGUUGUAAACAGCUUCGAUGAGCUGGAGCCUACCUACUUGCAGUUUUACAGGGAUCACGUAAGGAAGCCCCUCUGGACUAUUGGACCAGUUUGUCUGUGUCACAGUAGGCAGAGAAGUCAGAGAGGGAAGGAAUCGGCCAUUAACGAGGCGGAGUGCUUGCAGUGGCUGGAUUCAAGGAAGGAAAGAUCUGUUCUUUACGUCUCGUUUGGUAGUAUUUAUAACCUGUCUGAAGCCCAGUUGCUGGAGAUUGAGAUGGGUCUCAAGAAUUCAGGAGUCUUCUUCAUCUGGGUGAUCAAGGGUCCAGCUGAUGAUGACAAGUUUGCUCAUGGUUUUAGGAAGGAAGUAGGAGAAGCGGGAUUGAUAAUAAGAGAGCAGCACUUAAAUGAGAAGCUGGUAAUCCAGGUCCUUGGCACUGGAGUGAAGGUUGGAAGUGCUGUUAUCUCCAUGGCUUUAGGGGAGGAAAAUCAAGUGGAGGUCGUUAAGAGGGAGUGCAUCGAGAAGGCGAUAAGAAGAGUGAUGGGGGAUGGACAGGAAGCAGCUGAGUUGGGAGAAAGAGCCAGGAGGCUCGGAGAGAGCGCAAGGAAGGCCAUGGGAGAAGGUGGUUCUUCGUAUCUGAACUUAAGUCGCUUUGUUGAAACUGUCAAUGGCUAUGAUCGUUAGCAUUUGCAGAUCUAAAUAUAUUUUGUUAUCAGGUUAUCUUAUCUUGUUUGAUGUUGACCUUUUCCGACAACCUCAUUGAAAAGAAAACUCAAAUUUUGAAUAAUCAAGGAUGA